AUGGCGAUCGCAUCCGAUGGGUUUGUAUUCGUGGCUGGCUGCGUCGAAGACGAAACCCUGCAAGCCUUGCGUACAGAGGCUGAUGCAUUGUUCAACCUGAAGCGCUCUGAGGACGCCCUUACGGAGGACGAGUACCUGGAGAAGGGGUGCGCGUUGGACUUCUUCACGAACAACGAGCUCCCGGAGGACGACGAAGCGAGGACAUCGAUGGCCAAAUACAUGUCACGGAGAAACGGAAGACGCCGCCGCCGUUUCCCCGGAGGCAACGAUAUACACCCUAGCGUGGAAAAAGCACCACCACCAGGAGAUUCUCGCGGUGCUAGCAGAGAUGGCGGCGGCACCAUGUCGGGAUUGUCUACUACCUCUCCUUCAUGCGGAGGGGGUGGCUGGACAGAACGACACCUAUCGGUUGUGCGAGACACCAUAUUCGGGACGCUGGCUGCCUUGGCGUGGGACGCUCUUGAGGCGGAGCGGUCUGCUGCUGCGGAUGAAGAAGAUGCAGUGAGAAAUCCUGACGCCUCGGGCGCUGGAGAACGUGGAGGGCUGUUGUUGUUCAACGAACAGUACGUCGUCAAGCCGCCUCGGAGCUCGAUUGAGUUCGGCUGGCAUACGUAGGAAGGGACGAUUGGCCAUCGGUGAUCGGUCCUGUGGGAAUAAUGCUCCGUCCUCUCGAGGACGCGUGGUCAAUGGCCUAACCGUUAAGGCAUGCAAAACAUAAGAGUACGCC